GCUGUGAUCACACAUCCCUCGACAGAAAAUAAUAUGCUUGAAAAAAUGGUAAUGAAGUCGUUUGAAAUGUGAAUAAUUCGGUGCGAAAGUGUUGAAACAUGUCAAUUGUUGCAUAUUUAUUGAGUGUUCUUUAAGAAUUUAAUCGAUAUGAUAGAAAUAGUUGCUAAAUUGACUAAAGGCUCGGUGUAUUUUUCUGGUGAGGUUAUAGAGUGCUAUGUGACAUUCACAAAUCCAUUGAAUCCAAUCCACCAAAAGUCCCAGAGUCACAGUGACGUCUUCGAGGGUUUGGCAUGGGCAAGUGCUCAGGUUCAUUGUCAAUGCUCCACAAAUGCAAAAGUAGUUCUCACGGAGAAAAUCAGUGCCACGAGUCGAUUGGGAGUUAUAAAUGCAGACACGACGUUUGCACCCGGACAGCAGGAUAACGGCCACGCAGUGGUGAAUACGAAACCAAAAAUUUUAUUCUGUGAUUUGAGAUUAUCUCCUGGAGAAAGUAAAACAUAUAUUUAUCGAGAGACUAUUCCAAGUGAUGCACCCCCCUCUUACCGAGGUCAUGCAGUGAAAUACUCUUAUAAGAUAACGGUGGGGACACAGAGGGUCACGUCACCAAUAAAACUCCUUCGAAUUCCCUUCAGAGUUCUCUCAUUAAGUGAAUUGCCAGAAGUGGCGAUCUGCAAUGACAGUGUCGAUCUCAGUCCAAAUAAUCCAUUCAUGGAGACUCAGGAACGUGAAACACCCCUGGACAUUGCUCUUCAAACCCUUCAGAACUUGACAGCAAGACGUAGUCCAAAUUUCUACAACAUAACAAACGGUCGAGGGCGAGUCGUUCGCUUUUGCCUCUUCAAAAGCUCUUACAAACUGGGUGAAGACAUCGUGGGGACCUUUGACUUCUCCAACGCGACAGUCUCCUGCGCCCAACUAUCAGUCUCGUUACAAUCAGAAGAGCACGUUGCAGAGGACUACAGGCGACGCAAGGGGAGCCCAACGCUAGUCAACUACAACAAGCACCACGAGGUGUGCCUAGGCCUGAAGUAUUCCCAACUGGUCCUCCCUAUUCCCUUCCACGUGACUCCAGACUUCACCACUGACUUUGUGAUGCUGAAAUGGAGACUGCACUUUGAAUUCGUGACGACUCUGAAGCUCCUGGAAACGCCGAAGGAGAAUAUCAUGAACUGGCAGGGACCAGCCAGUUUAGACGUGGAGACCAUGAUCUGGGAUUUGCCUUUGCAUAUUUAUCCGUCUAUUGCUCCUGCGAAUUCUAAUCAACAGACUAAGUACAGCAUUACGAUCUAGGGGAGAAAUUGACCGAAUAAAUAAGUCCAUUAGGAACGUCUUGCGCUUUCUCUAGGAAAUUCUAUCGAUACGUAUGAAAAAAUUCAGUAGAAAAGCUUAGUGAUGUCGAUAGAAAAUUCUGUUGGAAUUCUAUAAAAAUUGUAUGGGGAUUCUAUUGAAAUUCUAGGGAAUUCUCGUUAAAAUUCUAUUUUUUGUGCAGAUUCUAUUAGACAUUUCCUAGGAAAAAGUCAAUAGAUUUCGAUUUCUCUGUUUGAAUUUUUCUCUUGAGGUUUUUUUAUUAAAAUUAUUGUACACCUAUUUUUUAGGUUUUUCCGCUAUAUUUGGCUUUGUUCUGCAUUGCAGGAUCCGAGUGAAAAAAACUUGGAAAAUUCAUGCCCAAGUAUUCUUAUAGAAAAAAUUCCAACACAAUAUUCAU